AAACGAACAGCUUCAAAUAUUACGAUUAGCCAGGUGGCCACGUUGUGUUCUAAUCAAUGCUCUCCUUACCUGCCGGAGGAUCAAGCCUGAAGUUAUGAUAAUCUGAUAACCCAAGCACAUAGAUUUAGUCUUUGCUAGCCCCAACAUGCAUUUAUACUCACUCACCCUGCAAAAGGCGUCCACCAUCACUCAGGCUGUUCAUGGAAACUUUGCUGGUAGUAAGCAGCAAGAAAUUGUCCUAAGUCGUGGAAAGAGUUUGGAAAUUGUUCGUCCCGACCCAAAUACAGGAAAACUUCACUCCCUCCACUCUUGUGACGUGUUUGGGAUGAUCCGGUCCAUCAUACCAUUUAGACUCACUGGGAGCUCUAAGGAUUUCCUCAUUGUUGGUAGUGAUUCUGGGCGCAUUGUGAUCUUGGAUUACAACCCUCAGAAAAAUAUGUUCGAAAAGGUCCAUCAGGAGACAUUUGGCAAGAGUGGGUGCCGUCGUAUUGUGCCUGGGCAAUACCUUGCUGUUGACCCUAAAGGCAGGGCGGCCAUGAUAGGAGCCAUUGAGAAACAGAAGCUGGUGUACAUCCUCAACCGAGACUCUGCAGCCAGACUAACCAUCUCCUCACCUUUAGAAGCACACAAGUCACACAAUCUGGUCUACCACAUGGUGGGAGUGGAUGUGGGGUUCGAUAACCCUAUGUUCGCCACACUUGAGCUCGACUACGAGGAGGCUGAUGGUGACCCUACCGGUGAAGCUGCUCAAGUUGCUCAGCAAACUCUUACAUUUUAUGAGCUGGACCUCGGUCUCAACCAUGUUGUACGCAAGUACUCUGAGCCUCUUGAAGACACAGCUAAUUUUCUGCUGGCUGUCCCAGGAGGCAAUGAUGGUCCCAGUGGAGUGCUCCUAGCCUGUGAGAACUACCUAGUCUAUAAGAAUUUUGGUGAUCAGCCCGACCUCCGCUGCCCCAUACCUCGACGACAGCAUGAUCUUGAUGAUGCUGAGAGAAGUAUCCUCUUUGUGUCUAGUGCAACUCACAAAACAAAGCACAUGUUUUUUUUCCUGCUACAAACUGAGCAAGGGGACAUCUUCAAAGUGACCCUUGAGACCGAUGAUGACUUGGUGACUGAGAUCAGAAUCAAGUAUUUUGACACUGUACCAGUGGCAGCAUCGAUGUGUGUGCUCAAAACAGGCUUCCUCUUCUGUGCCUCAGAGUUUGGAAAUCAUGCUUUGUACCAGAUUGCCCAUUUGGGAGAUGAUGAUGGGGAGCCAGAGUUCUCGUCAGCCAUGCCUUUGGAAGAGGGAGAAACAUUCUUCAUUGCCCCCAGGCCUCUCAAAAACCUUGUCCAGGUUGACAAGUUAGAGAGUCUUUCACCCGUAAUGUCAUGUCUUGUGGCCGACCUUGCUGCUGAAGACACGCCUCAACUCUAUAUUGCCUGUGGGCGUGGCCCACAGUCCUCUCUAAGAGUACUCAGGCAUGGACUUGAGGUGAGUGAAAUGGCUGUGUCUGAGUUGCCUGGUAAUCCUAAUGCCGUGUGGACAGUCAAGACAAACAUUGCAGAGGAGUAUGACUCGUAUAUUGUGGUAUCCUUUAUUAAUGCCACCCUGGUACUCUCUAUUGGAGAGACAGUUGAGGAAGUGACCGACUCCGGCUUCCUGGGGACUUCACCUACUCUCGCUUGCUCCAGGCUUGGUGAAGAUGCCCUUAUACAGGUAUACCCAGAUGGUAUUCGUCACAUCCGUGCCGACAAACGUGUGAACGAGUGGAGAUCACCUGGCAAAAGAGUCAUUACAAAGUGUGCCAUCAAUGAGCGACAGGUGGUCAUUGCUCUCAAUGGCGGGGAGAUCGUCUACUUUGAAAUGGACCUGAGCGGCCAGUUGAAUGAGUACACUGAGAGGAAAGACAUGGCUUCUGAGGUGUCAUGUAUGAGCCUCGGCACAGUGCCCCCUGGGGAGCAAAGAUCAAGAUUCCUGGCUGUUGGGCUGACUGACCAGACUGUCAGAAUCAUCUCUCUCGAUCCCUCAGAUACCCUGCAGCCACUGAGCAUGCAGGCACUGCCAGCUGGGGCAGAAAGUCUAUGUAUAGUGGAGAUGGGAGGAGGGGGAGAAAUGGGCAGUAGUGGUGGACUCUUCCUCAACAUAGGCCUACAGAAUGGAGUCCUCCUGCGUACUGCAUUGGACUCGGUUACUGGAGAUCUCUCUGACACCAGAACAAGGUACAUGGGUACUCGUCCUGUAAAGCUGUUUCGAGUGCUCAUGCAAUCCGCAGAGAGUGUUCUGGCUGUAUCAAGUAGGAGUUGGCUCAGCUACAACUAUCAGUCUCGAUUCCAUCUCACUCCACUCUCUUAUGAUGUCCUCGACUUUGCUUCAGGAUUCUCCUCUGAGCAGUGCCCUGAAGGCAUUGUUGCCAUUGCCAGUAACACUCUGCGUAUCCUCUCUCUAGAAAAACUAGGGGUUGUAUUUAAUCAAGUAUCAACGCCCCUUCAACUCACCCCUCGUCGUCUCACAGUCCACCCCCCUAGCCGAACUCUGGUGCUGAUAGAGACUGAUCACAAUGCCUUCACAGAGUCGUACAAAGCUCAUCGAAAGCAGGCUAUGGCUGAGGAGAUGGUUCAGACUGCUGGUGACGAAGAACAGGUUGCCGCGGCAGAAGCUGCUGAGUCAUUUCUGUCUCAAGAGCUGCCAGAGACUAUGUUUGGAGCCCCCAAGGCUGGUGCUGGAAUGUGGGCCUCUUGCCUUAGGCUCAUGCACCCCGCAGAGGGUCGAACCUUGGAUUUAGUUCAAUUUGACCAGAAUGUUGCUGCAUUCAGUGUGGCUGUGUGCACGUUCACAUCACGUGCUGACACAGAGUGGUAUGUGGUGGUGGGUACAGCCAAAGACAUGAUGCUCUCGCCCAGGACCAGUUCUGGUGGUGCACUGGUGCUCUUCAGGCUGAACCCUGAUGGAUCCAAGCUGGAGCAUGUGCAUACUACUCCGCUUGAUGAUGUACCUGUGGCGUUGGCGCCCUUCCAAGGACGCCUACUAGUGGGAAUGGGCAAGCUGCUGAGGAUAUACGACAUUGGGAAGAAGAAAAUGCUGAGAAAGUGUGAGAACAAGCACCUUCCCAAUCUGAUUGUGGACAUACAGACCAUGGGCAACAGAGUCUAUGUGUCUGAUGUACAAGAAGCGGUUCAUUUUGUACGCUACAAGGCUGUUGAGAAUCAACUUGUUAUCUUUGCUGAUGAAACCUGUCAAAGAUUUAUGACAGCUUGCUGUGUGCUGGACUUCAACACAGUGGCUACUGCUGACAAAUUUGGAAACAUAUGCAUUUCACGGCUUGCUCCUGAUGUUAGUGAUGAUGUGGAUGAAGAUCCAACUGGAAACAAGGCGAUAUGGGAUAGAGGGAUGCUUGGUGGUGCAUCUCAGAAGGCGAAUGUUAUCUGUUCGUUCCACCUGGGAGAGACUGUGAACACCUUGCACAAGACCACCUUGAUUCCUGGUGGUUCAGAGCUCUUAGUGUAUACCACUCUAUCAGGAACUGUGGGCAUGAUGGUACCAUUUACUUCUCGGGAGGACAUAGAUUUCUUUCAACAUCUUGAGCUACAUCUUCGGAGUGAACUGCCCAGCAUGAUUGGUCGUGAUCAUCUUUCUUUCCGCUCUUUUUACUUGCCUGUGAAGAGUGUGAUUGACGGAGAUCUGUGUGAGCAGUACAACUCAAUGGACCCUGCCAAGAAGAGAGAAAUCGCUUUAGAUCUUGAUAGGACUCCUAACGAGGUUUCAAAGAAGCUUGAAGAUAUCCGCACACAGUAUGCGUUCUGAAGCUUAAACUUUGAUCGCCCUAACUUGAUUAAUGUCUUUUCUACCUCUCUGCUACAUGUAGCUACUUACUUGUAUAAAUUAUUUCUCUUUUUGAAAUGUAAUUGUUAAUUUGUGAUACACAUGUGCAUACAAAAUUAAUGAUAUCCGGCCAUCAUG